GUUCGCGUUUGCUAUUCCUAUUGCAAUUGCUGUUGCUAUUUCCCUGCGACCACUCCAAUCCAAACCAAAUCACACGACACGUAGAGGCACAGGCGCCCAAAUUUUCGAAGCUACACGCCAAGGUUUUGGAGAAAGAAGCGUAGCGGAAGAAGAGAAGCAAGAGAGAGUGUUACUCGGAGAAAACCAGAGAGAGAGAGAGAGAGAUUGGUGGUGGUUGUGGCUGUCAUUAAUGGCGGAGGUGAAGGAAGAGAGUAAAUCGAGUAGCGAGGAGAGUGUGAAGCUGUUCGUAGGUCAAGUGCCGAAGCGCAUGACGGAGGAUGAAGUGCUUGCAAUGUUCAAGGAGUUCGCGUUGGUUGACGAGGUCAACAUCAUCAGAGACAAAGUUUCUCGUGCCUCCCGAGGAUGCUGCUUUCUGAUUUGUCCGUCCAGGGAAGAAGCGGAUAAGGCGGUCAAUGCCUGUCACAACAAGAAAACGCUGCCUGGGGCUUCCAGUCCGUUGCAAGUGAAGUAUGCUGAUGGCGAAUUGGAAAGAUUAGAACACAAACUCUUUAUUGGCAUGCUUCCAAAGAAUAUUUCUGAAGAUGAGGUCUCGGAUCUUUUCUCAAAGUAUGGAAACAUAAAGGAUUUACAGAUUUUAAGAGGUUCCCAGCAGACAAGUAAAGGGUGUGCAUUUUUGAAGUAUGAAACCAAAGAACAGGCCGUAGCUGCUCUUGAGGCCAUCAAUGGAAAGCAUACAAUGGAGGGUUCAAGUGUUCCUUUGGUUGUUAAAUGGGCAGAUACUGAAAAGGAAAGACAAACUCGAAGGGCUCAAAAAGCGCAGUCCCAAGUUGCUAACAUGCCUCAUGCUGAUCCUCAACAACCCUCAUUAUAUGGAGCCGUGCCAAUGGGUUAUGUUCCUCCAUAUAAUGGAUAUGGUUAUCAGGCUCCUGGGGGUUAUGGGCUCAUGCCAUACCGUUUUCCACCAAUGCAGAAUCAACCAGGUUUUCAUAAUAUGAACAUGAACCAAGUAAAUGCAGUGAGGCCUGAACUUGGUCACAGUAUGAACCCUAGAAAUUAUCCUGCCCCUCCUGCAAGUUACAUGGGCUCAUAUCCUGCCAUGCCAGGUAUACAGCAUCCAAUGGUAUAUCCCAGAGGAAUGGCAAGUCCGAGGCCAGUGAGUAGUUCUCUUGGUUCUGUUUCACCUGGAGGUGGGAAUAGCAACUACUCAUCUUCAGGUGCCAGCAAAAGUUCCAAUGGUCAGAUUGAAGGACCACCCGGUGCCAAUUUAUUUAUUUAUCACAUUCCUCAAGAAUACGGAGAUCAAGAGCUGGCAGAUGCAUUUCAGCAGUUUGGUAGAGUUUUGAGUGCUAAAAUUUUUGUUGAUAAAGCGACUGGUGUAAGCAAAUGUUUUGGGUUUGUUAGUUACGAUACUCCAGAAGCUGCUCAAUCUGCCAUUAGUAUGAUGAACGGUUGCCAAUUAGGUGGUAAGAAAUUAAAGGUUCAGCUUAAGAGGGACAACAAACAGAGUAAGCUUUACUGAUGAUGAUGAUGGAUAAUAGAAAGCUGUAUAAUUCUCAUUUCUCCUGACCCAUCUGUUGUCAAUACAAUUUGUAAUUUUCUGUAACAUGGAAAAUUCAUUUAGACAUUGAUUAUUAAUUUAUUGAUUUUUCCCAUAGAACACAUAUUGAUUAUAUUAGAAGUUCAUUUCUUUAUUGGUUU